GGAGGGGUGGGACCGGGACCCGCAUUGGGGGCGGAGCUGGAGGGGGUUGGUUCUGCGCGGGGCCGUUGGCUCCAGACAAAUAAACAUGGAGUCCAUCUUCCACGAGAAACAAGAAGGAUCACUUUGUGCUCAACAUUGCCUAAAUAAUCUACUGCAAGGAGAAUAUUUUAGCCCUGUGGAAUUAUCCUCAAUUGCUCAUCAGCUAGAUGAAGAAGAAAGGAUGAGAAUGGCAGAAGGAGGAGUCACUAGUGAAGACUAUCGCACAUUUUUACAGCAGCCUUCUGGAAACAUGGAUGACAGUGGCUUUUUCUCUAUUCAAGUUAUAAGCAAUGCCUUGAAAGUUUGGGGUUUGGAACUAAUCCUGUUCAACAGUCCAGAGUAUCAGAGGCUCAGGAUCGAUCCUAUAAAUGAAAAAUCAUUUAUAUGCAAUUAUAAAGAACACUGGUUUACAGUUAGAAAAUUAGGAAAACAGUGGUUUAACUUGAAUUCUCUCUUGACGGGUCCAGAAUUAAUAUCAGAUACAUACCUUGCACUUUUCUUGGCUCAAUUACAACAGGAAGGUUACUCUAUAUUUGUCGUUAAGGGUGAUCUGCCAGAUUGUGAAGCUGACCAACUUCUCCAGAUGAUCAGGGUCCAACAGAUGCAUCGACCAAAACUUCUUGGAGAAGAAUUAGCACAACUGAAAGAGCAGAGAGUCCUUAAAACAGACCUGGAACAAGUCUUAGAAGGAAAUGAUGGAUCGGGAAUGUUAGAUGAAGAUGAGGAGGAUUUGCAGAGGGCUCUGGCACUAAGUCGUCAGGAAAUUGACAUGGAAGAUGAAGAAGCAGAUCUCCGCAGGGCUAUUCAGCUCAGUAUGCAAGGUAGUUCCAGUAUAUCUCAAGAUGUUCCACAGACAUCAGGUACAAAUCUUACAUUUGAAGAACUGCGGAAAAGAAGAGAAGCCUACUUUGAAAAACAGCAGCAGCAGCAGCAGCAGCAGACAGAUCCACCAGGACAGGCUUCACAGCCUUGUGAAAGGCCGACCACAAGUUCAGGAGGACUUGGGAGUGAUCUAGGUGAUUCUAUGAGUGAAGAAGACAUGCUUCAGGCAGCUGUGACCAUGUCUUUAGAAACUGUUACAAAUAAUUUGAAAACAGAAGGGAAAAAAUAAUAUCUUUUAAAAUCAUUUACAUAUUCAUACUUUCCAACACUGUCCUUUGUGAUUACAGCAUAGGGUCCAUUUUGGUAAUGUAUCAAAGAGAACAUUGUUCAUCAGAGGAAAUGUUUAGGUGGCUUGCAAACAAAAUGAGAAAGUAGAAAAUGUGUCAAUUGUAGGAAUAAAUAAUGAUCCACCAAAGAGGCAUUCAGCAAUUAAAGAAAUUUAAAUAGUCUUCUAAACUUUGGUUUUUCUUUUCUGAGGGUGCAAUAUCUAAUGUGUCUAAAAUUAGGGCAUCUUUCUUGGCUCUUUUUGCAGACCACCUAAUUAGCUCUUGCCAUGGAACUUGUCCAUAUGGUUUUCUUUUUUUCUUCUGUUAUAAGUAAUUUUGCACACUUUCAACAUCUAAUAAUUGGUUUUAAUUCUCACUAACCAAAUUAACCUUUCAGGAAAGUGUCUCUUGUCUUGAUAAUAAUAGUGAUUCUAGAAGGAUAAACCUCCCCCCUCCCACCCACUACAUAUGCCAUGCAUGGUGAUGUUUUCUUUGAUCACAAUUUCUUUGUUACCUGGUUUUCAUUAUUUUUCUACAAUUCCUUUGAAAAAGUGAUAACCUUUUCUGAGGUUUUGCUUUUCUUAAGCCUUGUACAGUGGGAUCAUUAUUUCAUGACUUUGGUGCAUUCCUAAAUUCUAAAAUCAGCUCUGCACAAAUUUUUGAGAAUAAAUGAGCAUUUUAAAAAAAUGUAUAAGCAUUUGUUUUCCCAGAUGCUUUAUGAAUGUCUUUUCAAUUAUGUCACAACUUUACAGCUUUGUUGUAGCCCUUUUUUCCUGCCUUAUUAUUUCCUUCUCCAGUUGAUAAAAGUAGGGGAAGCAUAGUAUGCAAGCAGAUUUCCUUCUGCUAGAAGACUUAACAUAUAUACCCACCAUGAAUGUAUGAUAAUGCAAUUUGGCCUUUAACUUUAAUAGCAGUUUCAUUUUAUUUUUGUUCUUUUGUGACUAGAGCUUUGUGUUCUAUUUAUAGUGGAGUCAUGGAUUGUAGACUUCUACUUCACAUUUUCUAAUAGGUAUAACUUGCCAGGGAUGGUGAUCUGAAACGUGAAAAUAAUGUAAUAAUGAAAAUAUAUUUAAAUGUACACUGUUAUUUGACAGUUGCAUCAUGUUUAAAUAGCUUAAGAUUUAUAGAAGUCACAGUAAUUAUUGGGUCUGUAAAUAAGAAAGUCCUUAGUUUUGAUAAACAUUCUUUAACUGAGAUGCACAGAGUUUCUUGUUUGGUCAAUAUACUAGUAGUAUGAUUUUGGUGAUUAACCAUCUGUUUCUGAAAUGGGCCAUUUAGCUUCUGUUCCCUGUUCCUCAUCCCCUUUUGAAGCCCUUUUGAAUGUUGCCUUAUUCAUAAGCUAAACUUCAAGAAGAAAUUUCAAGCAACAAUUUAAGAAAAGUAAAGUAUAGUGUGUUACCCUACUGCUUUGUAGUUACACACAUUUUAUCAGGGAAAGUUUGGAUCUAGGAUUUAUUGUUAACUGAAAAAAGAUUAAAGUAUUUUUUAUUUAUGAUUAUGAAAUACCUUUUGCUUGGAUAGAGGUUUUUUUUUUUGACACAGGGUCUUGCUAUGUAGUUCAGGCUGUCCUUGAACUCACUAUGUACCCCAGGUUGGCCUUGAACUCACAGCGAUCCUCCUGCCUUAGCCUUCAGAGCGCUAGGAUUAGAGUCGUGGGCUACCAUGCCUGCCCCUACGACAGAUAUUUGGAGUCAUUAUUUUGUGCCAAUUAGUUUUCUAAAAUGUCUCUUAUACAAAAUUAGUUUUAUUUUAAAAUCUAAAGUUUUAACAAUUGAAAAUGUUUCAGAAGAAUUAUAGGGAUAUCCUUUGAGAGUUCAGGAAUACUCCCUCAAGAUUUACAAAGCUGAAUAUUUUAAGACUGAAUAUUUAUGCAGUUAUCCCCAAUGUCCUGGUCAUAUUUUCCAUGAGUAUUUGGCCUUUACCUUUUCCUAUUGAAUAAUUACAUUAAACUUUUCAUGCACUUGAAUUGAUGAACUACCUAAUAGAAAAAUAAAACCAGUAUGCAUUUAAAGUUUUAACUGUAGAGUUUAUAAAGUUCAUAUAUUACACACCCUGGCUAAAGUACUUAAGAAAAUAUAGCAUGUUGACCUUCAUAGGUUAGGGACUUUUUAAAGCAGAGCUGAGCACACACUGGAUAUGUUUGAAUGUGUUUUACUUUGUUGUGAAAUUGUUAUAUUUGGCAGACAGAUUCAGAAUCACCGUCUUGUUUGGAUUGGCUUAAAUUUAUCUGAACAUUUAUAUUCCCUUUUUUUCUUUUCUUUUUUUUUUUUUUUUGAGAGGGGCUCUUGCCGUGUAGUUCAGCCUGACUUAGACCUCAGUGUGUAGCACAGGCUGGCCUCAGACUCACAGUGAUCUUCUUCCUCAGCCUUCCAAGUUCUGGGGUUACUCCAUUUCUUUCUUGAUUAGCCAGUAUGAAAAGAUGCCAAUGCUUAUAACCUUACUAUUAAAAAGUUUAGGUUUUACAAAGCUAUAAUUCAUAUGUCAGAAACUACCCUUUACUGUAAACUACCUGUAAGAAAGGAAGAAGUAAAUUCACAAUAACUCUCCUGCUAAAAACUUUAUAAAGAUUUCCAUUUUGCUUUACCAAUUGGGAAGACUUUAAUGUUUAAUAUUUAAACUAAUGGUAUCAUUUUUCUAAUGUAUAAUUUGUAUUACCAGAAUAAAAUAUGUACAGUGGUGAUGCUAGUGUUACAAGUAAAGUUUAAGCAAACUUUGGAAAUACCACUUUCAUAUUUUUAGGUAUCAUGGAUUUAAUAAGUAGUUAUUUAUGUUUUAAAAUUUCAGAGUUAACCUCUGAUGGGAAAUAGUCAAUGUACUUUUUUAUAGUAAUUAACAUACAGAUAUUUCAGUAAUGUAAAUUGUUUGAAGUGGUUGCUGCAGGUAAACUAAUAUUCUAAGGUCUUGGCCAAAUAAUUUACAAUUCACCGAACAUUUUGUUUAAGAAGGUGCUUUUUAAAAAAAAAAACUUGAUUUUUCUUAAUUAAGGCUUUAUUCAUAAUGCCAAAGUUAAAGAAGAAAGCUCAAAACUAGUUUAGUAUUAUUAUAGGCAAAAACUACCAGUAGUCUAUAUUGUUUCAUUUAAUAUCGUUGACAAAAUGAAUUUUAUUCUAGUCAGAGCUGAAGUCACAUUUUAAAUAUAUGUUUGAUAUUUUUUAAAAAUCAUGCUGGUGUCAAGAGUUACUAAAUUCUUAACACUGGCCCACUAGACUGGAAAUCCAAAGAUUGAUUUCAGUGCAUAAUCAAAAUACAGUAAUUUAAAAGUCAUAAAUUGAAAAAUCUUGAUGUUUUAAGUUAUUAGGAUUCAGUAAUAUUGAGACCUCCUAUUAAAAACUUUAUCUGUCAAAUGAGGGUAUAGUUCAGUUGUAAGAGUUCUUGCCUAGCACCACCAAAACAACCAAAAAAACCAGCUUUAUGUGCAGUUGGAGAGGCCUUAGGCCACCAAUGUUUUCAAAAUGAAUUGUUAUAUUUGAGACCUAACACGUAUGGAGAUAGUGAUAUAGUGACCUUAAGAAGAAGAAACAGAUUGGAUCAACUAAUUGUUUCAGCAAUGUAAAUAAUUUUUUCAGAAUAAAAGCCCUCAUUCCUAGUCCCUUUAUAACUAGCAUCUUUUGCUAAAGAAAUCAACACGCUUUGUACUUUUUGAAGUCUUAUAUGUGUUCUUUCAUGAAUGAAAAGAUAGUGACAUGGUUAGUUCUUGAAUUUCGAUUAGUUUGAAGAAUUCUUUUACUGUUUUUGUUUUUUCCAAAACAAAUUUUUACCAAAUUUUAAGAAUACUAAUAUAAUUUUUAAAUAUAUGGCAACUGGCAUGUUUAAUAAUAGCAUAUUAAUAUUCUUUUUAGACUGGAUACAUAGACAAAGCAGUGGGAAGCAUUAGCAAAAUGUAUGUGGAGAUUCCUGAUUUGUUUAGGAAGCACUCUGUUAUCUUUUGCAUAGUCCAAAGGUGAAUGUUUCCUGGGAUUUUUUAAUGCUUUUUUUUUUCUUUUUGAAAGAGAAAAACAAAUUUGGACUGUGAUUAUCUAAUUUCUACAACACUGGACUACUAGGAGUAACUUUUAAAAAAUUACUGUUGUUCUGUAUAAAUUUUUGAAAUUCACAUACAAAAACACAUGUGAAAGAAAAGCCGUUGUCUUUUGGCCAUGAUAUAAGUGCACUGUGGCAGUGCUGUUUGCUCAGGACCCAACCCUGCAGCCCUUUGGUGUGUGCCCUCUCCUGUAGAGUCCUUGCUGUUAAUCCACACACAGGCCUUCCUGUCUUGUCCUCCAAAAGCUGGGCUUCCAAAGCACUGUUGAGCACUGAGGAUUCUGUUGUUGAUGUGGAUGUUCAAUGAGUUGUAUUUUAAAUAUCAAAGACUAUUAAAUAAAGAGAAUGUUUGCUUUUGUA